CAAAUAAUUUCAUAUCCUUGCACGCAAAGAACCUACUCGUCUGUUCAGCACUUGUGGUAGGUGAAACAUACCGUAGCUAAUGCCAUCGAUUUGGGAGACAGCCCUUGGAACGACACGCUCAGUAAUCGGACAAACUUUGCACGAGGCCUCUUUUAUCGCCUAAGCACCCAGCGUUACAUACAGGUAUGGCUACGAUGGCCAAGAAAGGUCACAUUUCCAGCUUAUGGAAGUUUGCGCAGCAGCAUCUUGUCUGUCCGAUUUGCCACGACAUCUAUCGCAGUCCCAAAAUGCUCACCUGCUUGCAUAGCUUUUGCGAGGAAUGCCUCCACAUGUGUUAUGGGAGCUGUCAGAAGGAAUUGGCUUGCCCCAUGUGCCGAAUAAAGGUCCCGAUUCCCCAAGGCGGGGUGCAAAGCCUGCCCACCGAUUUCAGACUGAUGAGCAUGGUGGACUCGGUGCAGAAGGAGGGCGAUCAGACGGCCACUCCACCCUCUCGAGUUUACUGUCGCACCUGCGACGUGCCACUCUGUUCGGGUUGCCUUGAGGAAAGCAGCGAGCACAACAGGCACAAGACCGAGGCAGUCACCGCUGGAGUGGUUGCCGAAAAAAGGCGCGCCGUCACAGACCACGUGCUGAAGUACCAGGCCCGUCUAAAGGAGAUCCUGGCGGCUCUGCGUACCGUGGACAAAUUGGAGCAGGACUUCGCGUCGGUACUGCUGAGAACCAGAAAGGAUAUUCAGCAUCAAGCCGAGACAGAGAUCGCAAAAGUGAACGUAGCCAGAGCCAAGCUCACUGCCCAACUGAACCAACUCCAGUCGAACAGGAAGAGACUGUUUGGGGGGUACACAAGGAGACUUUCCUCUCUGAGAGACAUCGUGCAGGAGUUCAUCGAUUACGCCGAGGACUCUGUCAAAGCAUGCAAUGACUCCGACUUCCUCCAGCGCUAUCCUAAACUGAGCACCGGUUUUUUGUUCCUGAGUGACAUAAACCUCCCUAACAUCGACACCAAUUCACUCGUUCUUAAAUUUAACCCUUCCGCGAGUAGCUGUUUAGGCAGCUUGUUGACAGAGUCACACGGGCAGCUACCAACCCCGGCGCCCAAACCACGUUCCCUGAGCACUCACUCUAAAAACAAUGUGGUUCAGAAAACUAACAGUCAGAUUCAGUGACGCCAUAUUGGUUACGCGUUGACCAAAACAUAUCCGGUGGCUUGAAUAUUCUUUCACAGAUGUCAUCAAUGUGCAUGACAUUUCAAAAAUCAAUGACUAGCGAUAAUUAAUUUUGCAAAUCUUGUUAUACUGACAGCUGCUACUGGCAAAUUACAGCUAACAAAUUAGUAUUACACUUCAUUGUUAUUUCAGCCUAUAGAGUGUAACCAAUUCAUGUUACAUGUAUGCUUACAGUCGGUGUGGAUUUGGUGACUGCGCACGGGUAGCCACAAACGCUUUAAGUACGUUACCCCUGCCUUGCACUAUUCCUGGAGUUUAAGCCCAUCAAAGCUUUCGACAUCUUCUCUUACACAAAAGUUGGGGUAGUUUAUGCGCUGAAAUUCCGGGGGGGCUGUACAUUAACAUUGAGCUUGGGAGAUACCCAAUUUGACUUUUUUGCAUUUAAGACAUCCUUGUACAUAUACAAUGACAGUUGUUUUCGGUAUUCUAAAAUGUUGGUGUUGAAACCACCAACAGCGUCUGAGUCACUGUAAAGUGGGUUGCACAGUAUCGGCUUUCAAUGGUGUGCACGUUCAAUCAGAACUAAAAUACGAUUUUUUUUUCUAAAUAAAUUCCUUUUCAAUAAACUGAACUGUUAAUUCAAUAUCUUUUGUUCCUUUAAUACGUAGUACAAGCACUGAGUUAGUUAUAGUCAGGUGCAUUAAGAGCAACUAGUAAAAUUCCUUCGGAAACAGUGGAAAUGAUACGAGACGUAAUUUGGGUAAAAGUAAGAACUUUUCCAAUUUUAAAUGCUGUGGAUUUCCUUGUAGUCUUGACUAAUGUUGGUCUUUUAAUACUGGAUAUGAAAGCUUGGCUUGUGCUCUACAUUCGACGUAUUUUGAUGAAUUUGUAAUACCAUAACAAAUGACUGAGACGUCGGAACAAUAAAUGUGAACACACGUACUUUA